UUCUCGACCGAAACAGUACCUUGUUAGAGUCGGAAACGGGCGUUUCGUAUCUUUAUCAAUUUUUCGUUAUGCGUCGAAGUUAUGGUUGACGAAAAUAUCGAAGAGAAAAUAAUUGAUCUUUACAGUCAAGGAAAGUGGAUAGAUAUCGUCAAUUUGGAUUGUAUUUCGAACGAAUUCGAAAAAUGUAGAUUAUUUUGGGUAUUACCAACCAUUAAUGAUUUGAAUUGGAUCAAAGAAAUAAUUGAUAAACAUAGUCUGACUGGAUUAGCAAGUAUAGGAUGCGGGUGUGGGUUGUUAGAAUGGUUGUUUCGAGAAUAUUCUGGCCUGGAUGUGAUCGGCAUAGAAUUAGAUCGGUCGUGGUGGCGUAGCAAAUAUUCUCCGCCCUUGUUUUUGGAAAAUAUAUUUUUCGUUCAGGAGAACAAUAUAGAAAAUUUAUGUCUAUCAGAAAAAUACGCUCUUCUUUUUUGUUAUUUUAACAACGAAUUAGCAUUUUCCGAUUACGUUGCAAAUUACAAGGGGAACCUUAUUUUCGUCAUUGGACCCGAAGAUGGCCAACAUCGUUUCACAGAUCCGAUGCCCUUCGAUACGAAAUUCGACGAGUAUGGUUGGAAGUUAUUAGAUAAGAAACAAGUUGAACGAUCUAAUGAUUACGUUACAGUUUACGCCAGAUGACUAAGUAUAUCGAUGAUUGUUAUCAGGCCCAGUGCAAGGCA